AUGACUUGCUCCAGCCGCAGCCAAUUAGACGCAAGCGCCGGCCGAUAUAAUCAGCCGCGCCGACAUAAGCGCUUGGUCAGCGGAGUAAGCGGAGCCACUCCGCUCAGCUUGAAGCUCCGCGAGCACGGCGGAACUUUCAUUUCCAUCCUCUUCAAUCGCUUCUGUGCUCAGUACGUGCUCACUUUCCGGACUUUGUUCUCAUGCGGGCCUGGUUACGCGGCUGAUAAACCGGUGCCGCCUUUCCAGUUCACACCACUACCGCAAACUCCGACGCGCACGCUUCACGAGCUGAACAAUCCCAAUCAAUCGCAAAUACUGAAGGCGACACGUCCGUAA